AUGCUUCAAAGGCUUAAACUGUCACCCAUUUGUCAGUUGUCAUUCACUACGGUCCAUUUUUAUUUUUUAAGCCAUGUCCAGUUAUGUCAGAAAUUCAGAAAUUUUUGUUUUUUCAGUAAUUGCAGUUUUCAGGUUUUAGAAGGCAGCGCAAAAAUGUCGGAUACUACCCAGAAAAAAAUUGAUGAGCUUCUGCACCGAAUACAGAGCACCCCGCCAAACCCGAGCGGAGGCCUGGCCCCAAGUCGUCCCAACUUAUCAUUGGGACUGAACAGUAAUAAUAGCAGAAGCCCUGUGCUGCCACGACCAAAGCAUUUGAAUUUCAUGACAAAACAAAAUGAUAACAUAGAAACUGAAAGAAAACUCAAAGAGAUCAUGAAAAUAAGUGGAGAUCUCACAAUAGAUGGAACCCUAUACAAGACAGAUAUUAAAGAUAUGGUUGAUCUUGAAGAAUUAGGAAAUGGUACAUGUGGACAUGUGGUGAAAAUGAAACAUAAACCUAGUGGAAAUAUUAUUGCUGUCAAGCAAAUGCGACGAUCAGGGAAUAGCGACGAAACGAAACGAAUUAUAAUGGAUAUAGAAGUAGUACUAAAAUCUCACGACUGUAAAUACAUAGUACAAUGCCUUGGAUGUUUUAUAACUGAAUCUGAGGUCUGGAUAUGUAUGGAACUAAUGGACACGUGUUUCGACAAAUUGUUGAAACGAUUCAAGCAACCUGUUCCUGAAGAAGUCUUGGGAAAAGUGACAGUGGCAACAGUAGAAGCACUAUCAUAUUUGAAAGACAAACACGGGGUGAUACACAGAGAUGUGAAGCCUUCAAAUAUUCUUCUGGAUAUGAAGGGCAAUGUUAAACUAUGUGACUUUGGUAUUAGUGGUAGACUGGUAGAUUCUAUGGCUAAGACUCGUAGUGCUGGGUGUGCAGCAUAUAUGGCUCCUGAAAGGAUAGAACCGGAUCCUGAAAAUCCAGACUAUGAUGUUAGGGCUGAUGUAUGGUCAUUAGGAAUAACACUCGUAGAGCUAGCAACAGGCGUAUUUCCAUACCAGGACUGUAAAACAGAUUUUGAAGUACUGACAAAAGUAAUCAGUCAGGAACCGCCACAAUUACCACACGAUAAGAACUUUAGUCAGGAUUUUAGGGAAUUUGUUUUAUGCUGUUUGAAAAAGGAUAAAAAACAAAGACCAAAGUAUAUAAAACUGAAAAACCACCCGUUCAUCCAGAAAUAUGAAAAGGAAAAUGUAAGCGUUGGCGAGUGGUAUGUAUCAAUGAUCAGAGGAGCCGAAGAGAAUACGAACAGGGCGGCGCCUAGGUACGUUGCAUGACGUAGUAGCUACGGCACCAACGGCGCAUCCACUCAUCACCACCCCCAUCAACCGCACUAUUACCACCUCAACGGGGUGUGCGGGCCGCCGGCACCGCCGCCAACCUUGUCCCCGCCCCUUUCCGCACAGGUCUGUCCGCUGACCAAUGGCAGCGGCGCGCCUGGUCCUCCUACCAGCAACGAGAGGCCGGGCUCUAGGCUCUCCGCCUUCCAAAUGCAGUUGCAGCAGCGGGCGGCGAGUGGUAGCGGUGGGGCGGGGCCGUAUUCGCCUUACUAUGCGUAUCAUAGCCACAAACAGCAGGCGCCUCCGCAACCAGCUGUGACGAGGCAAGAUGAGAACGUUGUGUGCCGCCCUCCUCCUGGUGCCUGCUUUUCCCCACCUCCAGUGAGAAGGACCGAAUACCCCGUUCUGCAGCACAGACGAGUUGCCAGCGAAACGAGAAUGCGACCCGAAGAGCUUUAUAACAACGCAAAUACUAGUCCAAUUAUAUUGCAACGAUAUUACCACCAGCAAAAGCAACAGGCCUUGGCCAGGGAGGCAGAAGAAUCUGGUAAAAAGCGAUUCGCUUCCUAUGUUAAGCUUCAGUUGAGUGGUGAUAGGAGUGGUCGAUCUUCGAGACACCAAAGUCCAGAGCCUCCUCCCCGGUUAAAUAGACAUGUAACGGGUGAACAGAGCCCUCUGGCGUUGAGGAGGACGUUCUUGGAAACGCACGCCGGUAACUCGCCGGGAUUGUCAAGAAGGUAUAUAUCUCCAACGCCGCCAGUGCCGCCACCCCGUCGGUUGUCCGACAGCAGUUCAGUGCCGGGGUCGCCGCAACACCUUAGAGCGCGUUUCCACUACACGCCUGAACCACAGCGGCGACUCUACCAGAACAAUGAUAUAUCAUAGCCAGAAGUCGCUGCUGCCACUGUCGUCGCAUAGGUAUAAUCGUGCCAUCUGCAGGAAAGUGGCACUUCCUUUGUCAAUUUUAGUUCUGUCACUGCCAUUGUAUUCUCAUCAAGACGAAGUGGUAGCACUGGUACUUUAUCAAUGUGUACUUCAUUACGAAGAUUUAGUCAUCUUACAAUUACUAGUCCUAUUAUCCGUCAGGAGUUUGGUUGCUUGUGUAUUAUUUUUCUUAUUUAGGUUUUUUAAUAGAUACAGUGCUCUACAAGUUUCAAUAUCAGGAUUCAUAUGACACAGAAAAUGGAGCACUAUCUUGCUUAUAGAUAGUGUAAACUUUGGACGCAUUGGUACAUGAACGUUGCAAGAGUGCAGCUGUUAUCAAGUGUCCAUGCAAUUCAAAUAGCCUAUGACAUAAAUACGAGCAUUAUCUUGUUGGAAAAAAUACCGGAGUACCACUUCAUAUAAGUUCGGGCAUUAAUGAAAAAUUGCAGAGUACUGUAUCAUAAUAUUAGUUAUUAUUUAUGAAUUUAUGAAUGUUAUUGGACUGAUAUUUAAAUUAAACUCAAGCGAUUUCUGUUCCUG